AUGGCGUUCUGGAUUUUGAAUGAAAGUCUCUCCAUCCUAUUAGGACUCUCGUGGCUGGGAGUGAAUUUAUAUCUGUUUAUCGACACAUUCUCUUGGUAUGAAGAGGAAGAGUCUUUCCUUUACACACGAGUUAUUCUGGGCUCAACACUGGCCUGGGCGCGAGCGUCUGCGGUGUGCCUCAAUUUUAACUGCAUGCUAAUUCUCUUACCGAUCAGUCGAAACCUUAUUUCAUUCAUGAGAGGGACAAGUACUUGCUGCAGAGGACCGUGGAGGAGGCAAUUAGACAAAAACCUCAAAUUCCACAAACUGGUCGCCUAUGGGAUAGCCAUUAACGCAACCAUCCACAUCGUGGCACAUUUGUGCAACCUGGAGCACUAUCGCUGGAGCCAGUCCACGGAAGCGGAGGGACUUCUGGCCGCACUUGCCAAGCUUGGCAAAACCCCAAAUGAGAGCUACCUCAACCCCAUCCGGACCUUCCACACAAACACCAUCACCGUGUUGCUGACGACAAUUGCUGGUGUCACUGGCCUGAUCAUCUCUCUGGCUUUCAUCUUGAUCAUGACCUCUUCCACCGAGUUCAUCAGACAGGUCUCCUAUGAGUUGUUCUGGUACACACACCAUGUGUUCAUCAUCUUCUUUAUCAGUCUGGCUAUCCAUGGGGCAGGUCGGAUUGUUCGAGGCCAAACUCCCGAGAGUCAACUGCUCCACAAUGUCACCUUCUGCAAAGACCACUACGCUCAGUGGCAGACCGCUGCCCAGUGCCCCACGCCUCAAUUUUCUGGCAAGGAGCCUUCGGCUUGGAAAUGGGUGUUAGGCCCUGUGGUCUUAUAUACAUGUGAAAGAAUAAUUAGGUUCUGGCGGUUUCGACAAGAAGUUGUCAUUACCAAGGUAGUGAGCCACCCAUCUGGAGUUCUAGAACUUCACAUGAAAAAGCGAAACUUUAAAAUGGCACCGGGGCAAUACGUCUUGAUACAGUGCCCGUCCAUAUCGUGGCUGGAAUGGCACCCCUUCACCCUCACGUCGGCCCCUCAGGAGAACUUCUUCAGUGUGCACAUCCGGGUAGCAGGAGACUGGACGGAAGCUCUGUGUAAGGCCUUUGGGGCAGGAGGACAGGCCCGGAAGGAGUCCUGGAGCUUGCCAAGGCUGGCGGUGGACGGGCCGUUUGGAACCGCGCUGACGGACGUGUUUCACUACCCAGUGAGCGUGUGCGUUGCUGCAGGAAUAGGGGUGACUCCCUUCGCCUCUCUCCUGAAAUCCAUAUGGUACAGAUGUGAGUCGCACACCCAGCUGAAGCUGAGCAAGGUGUAUUUCUACUGGAUUUGCCGGGAUCCAAGGGCUUUUGAAUGGUUUGCAGAUCUCUUACUCUCGCUGGAAACACUCAUGAGUGAGCGAGGGAAAGCUCACUUUCUGAGUUAUCAUAUAUUUCUUACCAACUGGGAUGAAAAUCAGGCUGUUCACAUAGCUUUACAUUGGGAUACAAAUACUGAUGUGAUCACGGGGUUAAAGCAGAAAACGUUCUAUGGAAGACCUGACUGGAACCACGAGUUCCGGCAGAUGGCCUACACCCAUCCCAGCAGCAACAUCGGCGUGUUCUUCUGUGGACCCAAGGCUCUCUCCAAGACGCUUCAAAGGAUGUGCCGCUUGUAUUCCUCAGCCGACCCCAGGGGCGUCCAUUUUUAUUACCACAAAGAAAGCUUCUAG